AUGGCUCUGUCUUCAGAUGGUUACAACCCAGUGGAGGCUUCAUGUGGUAAAAGAAAGGUGAAAGUGGAUCUGGCCGGCGCGGCCCAGAUCCCUGCUGAUGUUUCAUCGACCAACUGCGAGUCACACGCUGAUGACUGGUGGACCGAGCUGCGGGCCUGGACAGUGACCGCCGCCACUCCGAGGGCGCCGGGCCUGCGCGGAGAACGCUGCCGCCGGCGCCUUCCACGCGAGGCCCCGGCCCAGGUCUCGCUGCUGCCUUGCCACAGGGAAGCCUGGGGACUCUGCAUCCUGCUCUGGCUGGGUGGUGACCGUGGGUUCUCUUUUCCCAGGUGCACGUUCAGGUUUCCGAGCACAAACAUCAAGAUCACAUUCACUGCCCUGUCCAGCGAGAAGAGGGAGAAGCAGGAGGCGCCCGAGUCCCCAGUGAAGGCUGUGCAACCGCACAUCUCGCCCCUGACCAUCAACAUUCCAGACACCAUGGCCCACCUCAUCAGUCCCCUCCCCUCCCCCACGGGGACCAUCAGUGCUGCCAACUCCUGCCCAUCUAGCCCCCGGGGAGCAGGGUCUUCAGGGUACAAAAUGGGCCGAGUGAUGCCAUCUGACCUCAAUUUAAUGGCCGAAAACUCGCAGCCAGAACAUGAAAAGGAAGCUUCUGGAGGAGACAGCCCAAAGGAUGACUCAAAGCCACCUUAUUCCUAUGCACAGUUAAUAGUACAAGCAAUUACGAUGGCUCCUGAUAAACAACUCACCCUCAAUGGAAUUUAUACACACAUCACAAAAAACUACCCCUACUACAGGACUGCGGACAAGGGCUGGCAGAAUUCAAUUCGCCACAAUCUCUCUCUGAAUCGUUAUUUCAUCAAAGUACCGCGUUCCCAGGAAGAACCAGGCAAAGGCUCAUUCUGGAGGAUAGAUCCUGCCUCUGAAAGCAAAUUAAUAGAGCAGGCUUUUAGGAAAAGACGGCCUAGGGGCGUGCCUUGCUUUAGAACCCCUCUGGGACCGCUUUCUUCUAGGAGCGCCCCAGCCUCUCCCAAUCAUGCUGGGGUACUGUCUGCUCACUCCAGCGGCGCCCAGACCCCCGAGAGCCUGUCCAGGGAAGGUUCGCCAGCACCCUUGGAGCCUGAGCCUGGCGCCUCACAGCCCAAACUUGCUGUCAUCCAGGAAGCUCGGUUUGCCCAGAGCGCACCAGGGUCACCUCUGCCUAGCCAGCCAGUCCUCAUUGCUGUUCAGCGACAGCUGCCACAGGCUGUUAAGCCCGUCACUUACACAGUUGCAGCCCCAGUGACCACUCCAACCUCCCAGCCGCCCGUUGUGCAGACAGUUCACGUCGUCCACCAGUUACCAGCAGUGUCAGUCACCAGUGUGACUGGACUGGCCCCAGCAAACACUUACACUGUUGCGGGACAAACUGUGGUCACUCAGGCGGCUGUGCUGACCCCCACGAAGUCCGAGCCACAGGAGAACGGUGAUCACAGGGAAGUGAAAGUGAAAGUAGAACCUAUUCCUGCAAUUAGCCAUGCCACAUUAGGCGCUGCCAGCCGGAUCAUUCAGCCGUCACAGACCACCCCUGUCCAGACGGUCACCAUAGUACAACAGGCGCCUCUAGGUCAACACCAGCUACCAAUAAAAACUGUAACACAAAACGGUACUCACGUGGUACCAAUCCCCAGCGCAGUCCACAGCCAGGUGAACAAUGCGGCAGCGAGCCCUUUGCACAUGCUGGCAACCCACGCAUCAGCAUCAGCCUCCCUGCCCACAAAGCGCCAGAAUGGUGACCAGCCAGAGCAGCCAGAGCUGAAGAGGCUGAAAACAGAGGACAGCGAGAGUAUUGUCAUUGCCCUGAGCAUGGACACGCCACCGGCAGCUGCAAGGGAGAAGGGCGUCCAAAACUAGUGUCUGGGAGAGCUUUCUUACUUCAAAAAUAUCAACUUGUGGUGCCAAAAGGAGACAUUGCCUCUCACCGAUGCUCAGAGCGUAUCCUCUCGGUGGGUAGAGGGCCCUGCGGUUGGACUUCACCUCUCAGCACUGAAAACACAAAACCCAGGUGGCCUUAAAGCUCCUUAAUUUAAAGACAGAAAGUCACACUUGAACAAAAACACACACAACAAAACUGGUUCUGAGAUGGUGGCUCUGCUACCAGGCACUCACCAUGCCGCUGCCUCUGGGUGCAGCUUUUAACUACAAGUAAGAAAACUCCCGGGCCUUCCCCUGGACCAGACUGCAUGUGAGGAUGGUGGGCGGCGCCUGGUGAGGAUGGUGAGCGGGCCUCUGGGACUAGGGCCUCUCCAGAGGCCAGGCAGGACUCGCCAGUGGCACUGGGAGACCAGACAGUAUUUUUUGUUGCUCUCAUGUGGAAUUAGAAUAUUUGAUGUGUACGUUCUUUACACAAUAAUGGGGUCUUUGACAUUUCAUAUCACUCCAUUUCUGCUCUGGAAAUUUUGGAAUCACACAGGACUUUCGUGUGGAUUUCAUUUGGGGAAAGAAACAACAUAAUUUUGUGUUAUUGUUGUUUUCAGCCUAGCCCAUGGAAUGAUUUACUUUUGCCUGUCUUGUUAAAGUUCAGAUGGAGCUACUCUGUGACAGCUGCAGAUGUCCCAUGGUAGAGCGGUUGCCUGAAGGAUUUCAGCACCUCCGUCUCGGUGGGUGGGACAGACGAGUGGCACCGCAGCCGCAUGUGUGGGCCCAGGCGUGAGGCACAUGUGAGGGCCCAGGGAUGAGCCUGUCAUGCAAAAGAGCUACUGGGACUCGUUGAGCUGCACUUAACUGUUCUCUUUCUUGGUAUUUUUUAUUGUUUGUUUCUUUGUGUUGACUUUGUCCCUGGCAAAAUAUUUUCACUCUAAGUAAAACCAGUCUCCUAAGUAUUGUGUAUGUUUAAAGUGACAGAGCCAUUAUUACUACAUUUAGAAAAAAAGAUUCAGUCUUUUAUCGUGCCCUUUCAAAGAAAGCUGGCAGAUUUCUCCAUGGCAUGUAUGAGAUUGCAGGUGUCCUUGCCAGCUCUGGUGGCAUCUGACCAGCUUUCGGCUCAACUGUGUUGGAGUUUUGCAGUUUUCCCCAUGCAGCAAGAGCCCCAGCUACUGGUUCAUCCCAGGGUCUAGGUGAGCACCUUGCUGAGAAGUGUUGGGAUGCUUGGGCCAUUUUCUGAUUUGCAGUAGGAAAUUUCCUGGCCUUUCAGAACUGAAUACUGUAAUGCUAAGGCUGACCCUCCUGCAGAUAUUCAAAGGGAGAGGGAGGAGACAGGUGCAAGUGGGGAGUAGGGGCCCCACAGUCUCAGCCCUGCUCCUUGGGAAGAGAACUCCCAGGGUCAGGACAGAGCAGAAAGCAAACAGAAAGGGCUCUAGCCUUAUUGUGAAUUUUUAAUGUCAUCAUCAUAACAUUAUUUAUUUAAAUGUAGUUAUUUUGGUAUUUAAUUUUUUUAAAGAGAGGGAAAAAAACCUGUAUUUUCCUGGUGGAAUGAAACGGCUCAGAAUGGUAUAUUUAGGCAAUUUUAAAACCCUUAUUAUUUACAUAAAGACCAAAUAUGAUAAAUCUCUUAUAAGUACUGUGUAUCGAUCCACAAUAUGGGGCUGUCACAUGUCAUUGCAGAUGAUGCAUAUUAAAAAGUCUGGAGUUACUGCACACUAGCUGGGUUAUAAUUCAGCCAGUUAGAGAAUAAAAGUGAAACCAUCAUUGGACUGAGACCCUGUGUGUGACAGCAGUGAGCAGCAGCAUUUGGAGCUGGUUGGCCCCUCAGGGCUCACUCUGCAACUUUUGAGCAUUGAACAUAUACCUUGGAAUGUAUAUUUUUGUCUUUUACUCAGAAGGUUUGCAAUUUGCAAAAUAAUUUGGAUUGUGCUGUUUCUUGUGUGUGGGGUCAGGCCACUCCACAGAGCAGGGCCAGACCAGUCAGUUAUACCUAACAGGGGUUUUGCCCGGAGGCCAGCCCUCAAGCUCUCAGUGGACAGACAAGGACACUGGCUUGUGCAGUGCUAAGAGAGUGGAUUGCAGCCUUCUGGAGAUGCAUUUACACAGCAGGAAGCCAGACUCUGGGUAGAUUCUCCCUACAUAAGCUCGGUCCAUAAACUGGUUACUUCUGAUGCUAAAACAGAAUUUACAGAUUUGGAGGGGUUUCUGUUGAGGUCACAGGUAAGAAACUGCCAGCUCCCAAAUGUUAAGGAAGGGAAGCUAGCAUUCUCUGCCUGGUGCCCAGACCCAAGAGCACCUUGUCAGGUGUGGGCUCUCUACUCUUUGCUCCUGCCUUGGCCGUAGGCUCCUAAGAACAUCCAGGAGAUGCAGAAACAAAACCAUGGAUCAGCAAACUGCCGCGCCCAGGUCUUGUCGAUCUUUAAGGCACAGUUUUUAAAUUCUGGAUUUAGCUCUGACUUCCCAAGAGCCCUCUACACACCAAGGGCUACUGAGCUCCCCUGGCGUCACUACCUGGUGCUCGCAGGCCAGCCCAGGUAUCCUGCUUGUCAUGCCCAUCCAUGUGUUGCAGGGAACGCCUCGCUCUCCACUGUGGCUCCUCAGUGUCUUAUUUUCAAGAAGGCUCCACUUUGACCUUUGCCAAACUUCUGGGCUCCUCAGGGACUAGAAACUGAAUUUCAGCAGCUUUGUCCUGAACCAAACAAGAAUACAAAAGGGAAACUCACGUGAUCCAAAUUACGUUGGGUAUUCCAAGUGUGCACGAUGUGAUGUAGGGCUGGUGCUCCCUCACUUUAGGAUAGUGUGCUUGUGGACAGUUGGCCUCCUGAGAUAUCCACCACUCUGUGAUUGUCCCCUGCUAGAGUAACAGUAGCUGGUAGUUGUGGUCAGAGGGGGGGGCAGUGUCAGGACUUGGGGUUUCUGUGCUGUGGGACACAAGGGGAGAAGCGACAAUCUUUAACCCUAACUUCCACUAUUCUAGAAAGUAUAGUGGUGAUUUGUGUACAAAGAUUUGAAAUUUUUAAAAAGUACCAAGUUCCUGAAAUUCAAUAAAAUAUUUUUAUUAAUUUUAAU